GGUUGAGUAUGUGAUGAAUGUUUUGUUGUUGUUUUUUUAAGGUGAGCAUUCCAUGUCUCACUGGGUUUUUACCAUUUUAAAUAACUUAUACCCUGUGUUAUACCCAGAACAUGGAGAAACUUCUGGAACUUUUAGUAGGGGCCGAGUAAUAAUAGCCCACAAAAUAGAAAGUCGGGUAGACUUAAAGUAGAAAUCACUGUAAGGCCUGCUGUCAGGAAUCAUGACAUAUUAAUGUGAUUAAACAGUCAUCUGCAAAUAGAGCAAGAGCAUCUUUUUGCUGGCAGCCAACUUAAAGAUAAAGUGCCAGGCUGUUUAUUCAAGUGUUAUUUUAAAAUUCUAAUUGUGACCGUCGACAUUUCCUUGCCUUCACGUUUGCCAGGCCAUGGCAUUUUUAUACCCUAUUCAGUGUGUACUAGAAAUUACUGUUGGCUUCCCUGCUGUGUGGCAACAGGAGCUGGGGUGGGGGAAUUUAUCUGAAGAGGAGGAGGAAAGGCCUGGUUCAAAUGUGGUGUGUGAAAACAAGCUGAGGUUACGGAUCUCAUUGCUAAGUUGGCUGAGAAUUGUAGGGGUGUGACUCCAGAUCACACCCACUCAUCUUCCAAUUCAGUCAUCUGAGCUAUGAGACGACAGUCUCUUAAUAUAGUCUAGUGGGGGGUAUAUAUAGGGUACACAUAGAGCCCUGACUUCAGACCAACUUCUGAACGACUGUCUAGGAAGGUGCUCUACAUCAACAGACAAACAAACAAGCAGACAGACUGAGAAGCUGCAGUCAUCAAGACCGGCACCUUGGACAAGAAGAAAUUCUGAAGAACUUUGAUUGUGCUGAACCUUUUAGCCACACUGAGAAUUAGUGCAGAAUUUAUCAUCCAAUCUUAGGAACAAGAACAAGAAGAAUGAUGAAGUACUACCAGUGUCCAGUUACCCAGACCAUGCACUAUGAGGGGUGCAAUCCAAAUGACACUAGACCAGUGUCAUGCUUUCAUUCACGGCCUUAUAUCAAACCUGUUCGCAAUGUUCACUUUCCCAAUGACAUAGUCUUUCAGGAUUAUGUUCGUCAAGGAGAGCUGGAAAGAAUUGGACGCUUCAUUAGAACCGGAAGAGUGAGUCUAGACACCAUCUACCAUUCAGGCAUGGCAGCCAUUCAUGAAGCAGUCCUAUCUGGAAACCUGGAGUGUGUGAAGCUUCUGGUAAAAUUUGGGGCUGACAUCACCCAGAGGGAUGAGGAUGGAUGGACUCCCCUCCAUAUGGCCUGUAGUGAUGGCUUUCCAGAAAUAGCUAAGUACUUGCUUUCUUUGGGUGCAGACACUGAGGCUGAAAAUGACUGUGGGGAGAAGCCUGCUGACCUUAUUGACCCAGACAGCAAAGAGCUGCUUGAACUCUUCGGGGUCGGUGGUGCCUGAACUUGCCUGACACUGAAGUUCUGAUUGCUCUAGUCUGUUAUGGCAGUUGCCACAUGAAAAGGAUGAAACCAGUAAAGGAGUGGAAUAGCCACUGUGUAUGCAGUCGAGCUGGUAGUUGAGACACCUUGACAGAGUGUCUGGUUAUAAUUGUCUGGUCCUGUGCAUUUGGACCAGUGACAGUGAUUAGGAUGUGAAAUGCACUUGCCUUCACAAGAAGGAACUGUUUCAGUGUAGAUGAUGCAGUGUGUUCUUGCUGUAAGCUAAUGCCAGUCACAACAGCUUUUCUGUCAAUUUGUUAUAGUUAAUGCUUUAUUUUAAAACAUGAUUUUUAAUUAGCAGAUCAAUGCACUAGUGUGAGUCUGAUAAAUAGCUCACUGUGAUUGUAUGUGAUUUUUUUUUUAUUCAUUUACAUAUAAAACAUGAAAUUGUACAGAAAGUCUUAUUUUUAUACAUGUAUGGAUUAAAUGUUUUUAUACCUAAAUAUACAUUAAAAAACUGUUUUAUUUUG